ACAGGUGACGCAGGCCCUACACCGCCUGCUUCCCUGUCGUACCCUGCCCUCGCCUGCCCGCCCCACCCCCUCCUCCCCGAGAGGGAGACUCAGGACCAGACUCCUCUCACCCACGGGAUGCCGAGCUUGCCAAGGCUGAGGCAGAAGGAGGCUGCGUCCAUGGGGUUUCAGCAACCACCGCUGGCCGCCCUGUGCCUGCUGGGGGUGCUGGUCACUUCCUGCCUCGGGGGGGCCCACUGGGAGGACUCAGAGUUCCAGGUGAGACUGAAAGGCUCCAGCUCACGGUGCCAGGGCCAGCUGGAGGUCUGCAUCGGGAAAAGUUGGUACACAGUGUCCAGCCGGAGCUGGAGCUGGAGCCAGAGCCCAAACCCCUGGGAGGAACUUAGGCUGGCCUUGAAGCUCUGCCGGAGGCUGGACUGUGGGGAGGCCUUGGCCAUGGCCUACUUUCCUGCUUUCAACAGUCCCCAGAAACCGAUCACCUGCCAUGGACACGUGGGGUCCUUUUCCAACUGCAACACCAGUGUGGCAAGCCAGAGCAACCCCCUGGGCCUGAUCUGCCAGGAGCCACCGAAGACAACACCUCCUCCCACGAGCCCCCCACCCACAACCACUCCAGAGCCCACAGCUCCUCCCAGGCUGCAGCUGGUGGCCAGGCCUGGGGCCCUGCGGUGUGCUGGUGUGGUGGAGCUCUACUACGGCAGCCUGGGUGGUGCCAUCAGCUAUGAGGCACAGGACAGGACCCAGGACAGGACCCAGGACCUAGAGAACCGCAUCUGUGCCGCCCUGCAGUGUGGUUCUUUCCUAAAGCUUCUGCCAGAGGCUGAGACAGCCAGGACACAAGAUCCAGGGGAGAGCAAGCCCUUGCCAAUUCGAUGGAAGAUCCAGAACAGGAGCUGUGCCUCCCUGGAGCAGUGCUUCAGAAAAGUAUCGCCCUAUGAGGGCAGCCAAGCUCUGGCCAUUGUCUGUUCUGGUUUCCAGCCCAAGGUGCAGAGCCGCCUGGUGGGGGGCAGCGGCUUGUGUGAAGGCUCUGUGGAGGUGCGCCAGGGCAGGCAGUGGGAGGUCCUGUGCGACGUCCCUCGGGCAAAGGGCACGGCGCGGUGGGAGGAGGUGUGCCAGGAGCAGCGCUGCGGCAAACUCAACUCCUUCCGGGUGCUGGAUGCCACCGAGAAAACCUCCCACGGGCUCUUCUGCCCUGAGGAGAAGCUGUCCCAGUGCCACCAGCUUCAAGAGAGAAAAACCUACUGCAGAAGGGUAUUUGUCACAUGCCAGGACCCAAACCCGGCAGGCCUGGGCGCAGGCACCGUGAUGAGCAUCGUCCUGGCCCUUGUGCUCCUGGCAGUCCUGCUGGUCGUGUGCGGUCCUCACGCCUACAGGAAGCUGGUGAAGAAAUUCCGCCAGAAGAAGCAGCGCCAGUGGAUUGGCCCGACGGGAAUGAACCAGAACAUGUCUUUCCAUCGCAACCACACGGCGACCGUCCGGUCCCAGGUUGAGAACCCUGCUGUCUCACAUGUGGAGAAUGAAUACAGCCAGCCUCCCAGGAACUCCCACGUCUCUGCUUAUGCAGCUCUGGAAGGGGCCCUGAAUCGUGUUUCCACCCAGCCUGAUAACUCCUCCGAUAGUGACUACGAUUUACACGGGGCUCAGAGACUGUGAAAGAACCAGGUACCAAGCACAAAACAUCAAGAGGCAGACCUGUUUCCUGAGACGACUCUGUAUUUACUGCCUGGAAAUAAUUUCUGCCCCAGCUAGAACAUGGACGCAGGCAAGGGUGCUUUCGGACAUAUCCUAAGUCCCUGGAGCUGUGGGCCGCCGGAACCUGGCCCAGUGAAAACCCCCAACACAGCUCGGCUGCCCUUCCGAGUUGAGCAUAGCCCAGAAACAAGAAUCCCCCAACCCUCAAAAUCAGACAUGUGGGGAGCAGCACCCGGAGGAAUUGGUUCUGAGACUCUGACCCCAGUGAGGAAGGAGCUCCCCUCUGAGCCGGGAUAGGGGAGUGCAGGGGAAACCGGUCCUCUAUUGUAUUUUUAAUAUGUUCUUUGUAAAUAACACUUUUUCUACUUCCUGCGAACUAGAGGGCCUCCGCUCCUCAGUCGGGGGUCCAGCUUCUGGACCCUUCUGGGGAUGCUGGCAAGCCCGAAACAGAGCCACUCAGCACAGCAGGCAGCCACUGCCUGACACAGGGCCCAAGCACCCUCCCUCUGUGGCCGCCCCUCAGCCCCUCACUCCAAGCCCUAACAGAGAGCACCAAAUCUCUGGGACUGCUGGCUGCCAAGCCCCAAGGCACCAUGCCACCCCAGGGCCCGUGAAGAAAGGGCCAAAGAAAGGACCUAGCAAAUCCGAGGUGCGUGGGGGUUUGGUUUUGCACAGCACUUUAAAGUUCAAAGCCAAAGUGGUUUCAGCCAAUCACAGUUAACUUCCGAGCCGAGAGGCAGAGAACAGGGCUGGACGUCCAUGGAAGUUAAAUCAUUCAUUCUCCCAAUGGAAACUGUCUCUAGACACACACAUUACCGUGUGAUGCUGGGAUGUCCUUAGUGAGGAAGGAAGGGUGAGUGAGUGGGGACAUCUCACAGGAGCUUGAAGAUCUGACCACCAGGUCAGCCCUUGGGCACCAGUUCCCUAAGAAGGCGUCUUGGGUCUGGGGCCUUCCUCCACAUGAUCUGCCACUGUCUCCACUGACAGCAACAGUUCUUCAUGGCCCAAGCUACAGAAGCCAACCCAGGAAGAGCAAUGGGGUGUUACUAGAAGGAUAUGGGGUAGGGGUGUUCAUAGAAUCAGGGGAUCUGAGGACAGUAGCUUGCUAGAAGAGUCUGGUCAGCUCUCUGCCAAUACCUUCCAACCAGGCCUCCUGUCCUCCCCUGCUUGGGACCCAGAGUCCCAGGAGAGCCCAGUGGCCAAACCCGAGUCUCGGAUCUGCCCCAACCAUGCUAGGGAUCCAGAAACAGGGGCACCCAGUCCCCUUCCUACACUCGGCAGGGGUGAGGGGCUGCUCAAAAGGGAACUGAGAGGUGGCUUUCAGGGAGGGCCGUUGGGGAGCAAGAACUCCUGUCCCCUCAGAGGUCCUUCAAGCUGGACUAGGGAUCAAGUUGACCUGAGACAGGUGAACAGGAGAAAAUCAAAUUGAAUAGAAGUAUGUACAGAGGAUCCAAGCAGAUGUGGAAACUGCAGAGACAGGCCCAGAGAUCUCCAGGUCAUUCUGAACUAAGAGGAAGGGGCAGGGCUCUGGGACUGCAAGGGGAAGGAAUGCACUUCACAGAGCACUAGGAGGCGGGAGUGUUUGGUAAUGAGAUGUUUGCCCUGCCCUAUAGAUGGGUCACUCAGGUGCAAGUGAUCUCUAGCAAUAACACUUAUUCUGGAAAGAC